UGAACAUUUCCUAGCAGUGAUACGAGCACCGAGCCGAAAACGUCGUGCAGUGCGGUGCAGUGCACACGUGAUUUCCCACAUAACGCAUCGCAUAAUAAAGCAGUUCUACAUUCUACUGAAGUGUAUGCAUGUCAUGAACUAAAAGAAAGUGAGUAGUGUUAGUGCCAUUUUGCCCUACUGUGUGCGUUUGAGUGUUUGUCAGUUUUUUAGUUUAGUUAUUUCUCUACGUUGAGGGUAAAAACCAGAACUUCAGAUGGCUUCAAGAUUUAAAAAGAUCGCAGUAAGCGGCAUAACAGGAACUAUAGGAGCUGGAAUUGCCACUUAUUAUCUUCUGCGAGAUGACGGCAAACAACCAUGGCCUACAGCUGUCAGCGCUAAAGAAGCCAGUUUGAAGCCAAAACGUAUACUGCCGACGAGAGCUGAUCAAAUAAAAUCACUGCAAUCCGAAAAAUUUGAUGUCGUUAUUAUUGGUGGUGGAGCCACUGGAGCAGGAUGUGCCCUAGAUGCUGCUACAAGAGGUCUCAAAACUGCUCUAAUUGAAGCAGAUGACUUUGCCAGUGGCACAUCCAGUCGAAGUACAAAACUUAUCCACGGAGGAGUACGAUACCUACAAAAAGCUAUUAUGCAGUUGGACUACGAACAGUACAGAAUGGUACAAGAAGCCUUACACGAAAGAGCCGUCAUGUUGCAUCAAGCUCCUCAUCUUGCCCAUCCUCUGCCUAUUAUGUUACCUGUUUAUAGAUGGUGGCAAGUUCCUUAUUACUGGGCUGGUAUAAAAAUGUAUGAUCUCAUAGCUGGUCGACAAACAGUUAAAUCAUCCUACUUUCUCUCUAAGAAAAAUGCUCUAGAACUGUUUCCGAUGUUGAGAGGUGAUAAAUUGGUUGGUGGAUUAGUGUAUUAUGACGGUCAACAAGACGACGCUAGAAUGAAUUUAGCCGUAGCAGUUACAGCAACAGUUCAUGGCGCUACAAUCGCAAACCAUGUGAGCGCCACAAGUUUAAUCAAAGAAAAGAGAGAUGGCAAAGAUAUCAUUUGUGGUGUUAACGUUAAAGACGAAGUCACUGGAAAAACAUGGAGCAUUCCCGCGAAGUGUGUUAUAAACGCUACCGGUCCAUUCACAGAUUCUAUUAGAAAAAUGGAUAAUCCUAAAGUUAAAGAAAUUUGCGCACCGAGCAGUGGUGUGCACAUCACUUUGCCAGGUUAUUACAGUCCUGAGCAGAUGGGUCUUCUAGAUCCAGAUACAAGUGAUGGUAGAGUCAUCUUCUUCUUGCCAUGGCAGCGACACACCAUUGCUGGCACUACAGAUUUGCCAUGCAAAGUGACGCACAAUCCCAAACCGACUGAAGAUGAGAUCAUGUUCAUUCUGGAAGAAGUCAAGAAUUAUCUUAAUCCAGACGUAGAAGUAAGAAGAGGAGAUGUGCUCUCAGCAUGGAGUGGCAUCAGGCCGCUAGUUUCAGAUCCCAACAAACCAGAUACACAAUCUUUAGCUAGAAACCACAUCGUCCAUGUUAGUGAAUCCGGACUGGUCACAAUUGCCGGAGGAAAAUGGACAACGUAUAGAUCAAUGGCUGUCGAAACUAUUGAUGAAGCUAUCAAAGCUUGCAACUUAACUCCUAAAUACAAGGACAGUCAGACUGAUAUGAUGGUACUCUAUGGCGCCCAUGGCUGGACACCAACCAUGUACAUUCGCUUGGUACAAGAUUUUGGUUUGGAAUGUGAGGUAGCACAACAUUUGUCAAAAUCAUACGGUGACAGAGCCUUUGCCGUAGCUAAAAUGGCUGCAUUAACAGGUAAAAGAUGGCCUAUAAUCGGUAAGAAGCUCCAUCCAGAGUUCCCAUACAUCGAUGCUGAAGUACGAUACGGAGUCAAAGAAUAUGCCGUAACAGCAAUAGACAUGAUCGCCAGAAGACUGAGAUUAGCGUUUUUGAACGUUCAAGCAGCCCAAGAAGCGCUUCCAGAUAUAGUCAACAUCAUGGCUGAAGAACUAGGAUGGUCCGAAGCCGAAAAGCAGAAACAGAUUAAAGAAGCCUCAGAGUUCCUUCAAAACGAAAUGGGCCAAAACGUCAACCGUGCUAGCAGAGACAAGAUUCCUAUUAACUUAAGCAAAGAAGAAAUUCAACUUUAUAUCAAGAGAUUCCAAUACAUCGAUAAAGAUAGAAAGGGAUACGUAUCUAUUAAUGACAUCAGAAGAAGUCUUAAGCAAACUGGCGAGAAAGAGGUAUCCGGCGAAGAACUGCACGAUAUUCUUAAAGAAAUCGAUACGAACAUGAACGGACAAGUCGAACUUGACGAAUACCUACAGAUGAUGUCCGCGAUCAAAUCUGGACACGUUGCUUAUUCAAGAUUCGCGAGAAUGGCCGAAUUAGAAGAAAUCAAGCAAGAAACAGAAUUGCUGAAGAAGAAGGUAUCAGUAGAACGUAGUGGCGGUGGUCUUUAAACGAAAGACAAAAUCAUAAAAUGAUUAAAAAUCAUAUUUACUGAAACGAAAGACAUACUUAUUUGAAAGGCAUACUUUUAAGUAUUCUAUUUUUGCCCUCAUGCGAUGAAUAUUAUAAAAUUUCACCAAAAAGUGUUAUUACAUUGUAUAUUUAAAGUUUUCUAUCAGUUGCAUGGUAUUUUAGAUAUAACAAAGGCUUGUUGCUAAAGAAAAAUAUUCUUACUUCUUGUUUUAUUUCUAUGUGAGACCAUUAUUCUUCAAAAAUCGUUCAAUUAUCCUAAACAUAUCGUAUUAAUAAUGAUAAUAAUAAGGCUCUCCUCCUUCCUCUCAUGUAAUUUGUUUAAUUAUUGCUGUCAAAUUAUUCUCUGCUGUGCGUGUUGUUUUGCUUCAGAGAAUGAAUAACCAGCCAUGUCUUUUAUUUGAUCCGACCAUCAUACUGUAGAUCUUCUGGAUCUUUUUCCCGCUACGUUGGCUUCGACUAUCAUUCGUUUCAUGCCUUUUCUUCUUCCUAUGUCCAAAAUAUCUCAGGCUCACAAAAAUAGAAUACUAAAAUGUUGUGCUUUAAUAUCAUAUGAAAGCAUGGUUGUAGAGUAGUUUUCGGAAAGUUUCAUAUCAUUUCAUUGAUGAUCAUGGGCGCCCAUACCCAUGACUUUCGGGUGCUUUAAACUAGGUAUAUAUUGUCAUCCAAAGAAUACAAAAUUGUGCAACAUCUUCACGUUUCCCCCCACCCCCCCUGAAAAUUUUUAUUUGGGCGCCCAUGUUGAUGAUUCGAUUCUUACUACUUUUGUAUUACACAAAAAAUACUCAGGAAUAUCGCGUCCUUUCCACACAACUUAAACUGUAAUUCAUAACACAGGCCAACACAAAAAGAAUUUUGGUUGAAGACUUUUUAGACUUCAAUAGCUGAUUUUUAUGUGCUGAAACCAAGUCUGUUCUUAGUGUUUUUGUAUCACGCACUGUUUUUGAGAAACCUGCUUUUUGUUAUACUUACAUAUGAAUCGCUUAUUGUAUAAAGGGAAUAACUCCACUUCCGUACGAAAUUAAAGUGAGAUAUACAUUUUGUUAAACCAACAUCGAGGGAUCGAUGAGUAUAUAAUAAAGGAAAUUAGUAUCUCUCACCAUACGCGAAAUAUCGCACGAUAAAAUUUUUGUUGAGCUUAUAAAGGAAACUAGUCCGGGACUGAUUACCUUUAUACAAUAAUUCUUGUGCCACCAUCGUUUGUGUCAUUUUGUUUACAGACUCGUUUAUUUUAUUACUUCGGUUAGCUUACGUUAGUUAGUCUUACGAUGAAUUUUAAGCGAGCACCACACUUUCAGCGAAGUUACUUCGGCAAAGUUUACAGAAGUCCGAAGUGCCCGUCACUACACACUCGUUCUACUUCGCGAGGAACACAUUCACGCCGGGCGAUAAGGACAAGGACUUCGAUUCCUUUGAGUCGAUCGCAAUAUCGCCACCGAAUGGAAGUAGACCGAGGCGCAGCGAAGUCGCACAAGGUUACUGUCUACACUCUCGUACUUGAUGAACUUCGAUCGACUUCGCGAGUAGUAUAGUGAGCGUUUUAGAUCUUGUUUGUAGUAAUAAACCUUUUUUAUAAAUAAAUUAAUAAUUUAACUGUAGAGAAGUAGCACUAUUUCGUCUUUUAUUCAUUAAUUGUAUAAAGGAAUCAAGUCCCAGCCUUUAAAAACGACUCUUUGGCUUUAAUCGUUUUCAAAGCCAAGUUUGCUGUAUCACAUGUCACUCUACUAGUCUCCUUCUACAUUUCAUCUGUAGAACAAAAUUUGAUAGGUCAUCAAGUUUCUAAACUAAAUAGUUUUUUUUUCGUUUUUCUCAAAACUCAGUAUUGUGGACUUAUACCCUUUAUACAAUAAGCGCUUCAUAUGUGUAGUUUAAAAUCACUACACUGUAUAUGGAAAACCCAAUGAAUUGCUAUGUUAAAUCACAAUCAUGAUUUUUAUUUACAGUAGGUUACUUUAAAUAAUGAUACAGUAUAAUAAUCUAGGAUUCUAGGAUUCACUCCUUCUUCAGAUGUAAAUUCACUAAUGGAUGGUAACGAUCAUAUUUUCGAUUAACUCUCUGUUUCUUGCAAUAUUUAUCAGAGAUUGUAUGUCAUUAAUCCCUGUACAUUGCCUUAUGUUUUGGAGCCAGAUUUUUUUGCGUUCCAUUUCUCUCUUGCCUUCAAUUUUACCAUAAGUUAGAGGAACUGGUAUUUUUCAUUUCGCAUGAUGUGACCUAGAUACGCAGCUUUCCUUUUCUUGGUGGUUUCGAAAAGUUGGUGUUAUUGGUUGAUUCUUUUAAAGACAUCUACAUUUGUGACUUUCGCCGUCUAUGGUAUACGGCGAUACAACCACAUUUCGAAAGCUUCUAAUCAGGUCAAUAACUUCCUGAAUUUUACGAAAGCUUGUCGAGCUUGCUUAAUGCGACAUUUUACUUCCAUGUACGAUGCCCAGUAUUCAAAUAGCCACGCACCCCGCUUUUUAAAUUUGCUCAUUCUUUCAAUGGACUUGGUAUUCAGUGCUAUGGUGGAGUUUUCAAGUGCAUCCAAGUAUUCACUAGUCAGAUGGAAUCGGUUUCUUUUUCCUUUGAAGCUUCUUGUGUGACUUUUUCUGCGAUAAGUCGCUUGUAGAGCUUCUUGGUGAAGUGGCUAACAGUAGUCCCCAUCAUGUUGGUAUUCCAGCGACCCUGGUAGCGUUUGCUCCUCACGAACUUCUUCCAAAAUUUCGGGAAAGUAAUCAAGAUGACUGUUCAAGACUAAACUUUUAUGUUCAUCAAACAUCCUGAUUUUUGAAACUUCUUUAAGAUUUUAGCUACAAUAGUACCAUCUUCUGGGUCUUUUAUAUUUACUAAAAAUUUUGUAACAACUUGCUUGAAUGAUACCCAUUCUUCUUUCUCUUUUAUGGUCAUUGUGUGUUUCAGUAGUGUUGUUCUUCUACAUUCAGUAUGUUCUUUUAAAGUUCUGUUUGAACUUGGUACCUAUAUUAAAGCUGUUAAGUCCUUUAAAAAAUCACAAAAUUUAAGUGUAAAUGUGAAAAAAGGUACCUAGGUGAUACAGCUUAAUAAGUGUCAUAUUUGGAUUUAGCACCCUAAAAUAUAUACGAAUAACGUGUUUUAAGUAAAAAGUUUUUCAUCGUUGGCCUGUGUAAUUUAUUUACUGUUCAGUGCAUUGAAAAUUAAGUUUUCUCGUUUAAUAAAAUAUUUAACUGUAACUUUGCACAUAUUCAAACUUUAUUGUAAAAAUUUGAAUGACUUGCUACCCAUUUACAGGGAUAUUAUGAAACAUAAAAUAUGGGAGCUGUUUCUUUUAAAAUGUCCUUUCAGUCGGCUCUGUGACUCAUUGAAAUGGCAGACACACGUCGAAUGUAGUCACUAGUCACUUUGAACUGGAAGUCACUACUGAAAUCGAGUCAGCCAAUGGACGGGAAGUACGGUGAACGAUGUGAUCUCACAGCUCAGUGGUCGCUCAUUCAUUAAUUUGUAUUGCAAAUCGUUAACUCUUUCGGUGCCGAUCAGGCGCCAGCGCGUUAUAUGUUUACUUGAGUCAGGUGCCGUUUACGCGCCAUCGAGUCAUGUGAAUACGUCAGUCAGGUGCCGUUCAACAAAAUGGUUCCUACUUGAGUUCCAUCUAUAGAUGCUAGAAACUCGGAUAUAAUACACCAAAGUAUAGACAUCGAUACUUUGUUCUUAAUAUCUUAAUAGACACGUAAUAUAAUAUACUUUACCUACGCGAUAAAAUGUAGAUAUUUGGGUAUGUAGGUACCGAUUAUCAUUCUCUAUUUUGCGUACCGUUUAGAUCUAAAAUGCCCAAAAGAAAUGUUUCUUUAGUAAAUUAAAAACUAGAUUAUCAAAUGCACUGGACAUAAAUUAUCAUCUAAGUAUUUAUUUCGAAAUAUUAUUUAUUGUAUAUACAACUAGAGUAAUUUUUGUUGAUUAUUUGUUUUAAAUAAAACUAUCUAAAUCGAA